AAUAAAACUAUGUACAAAAAGAGCGAUCAAUAGUGUAAAGAUGUAUUAUCAAGACCAGCUGAGGAGUUCGGCAAUGAUGAAACCCUGGAACACUUGUGGGCAGCUAAGGCGAUGGAACAUAGUGAUAUUUAUUUCAAUGUUUUAUGCUCUGUAGACACACAGUGGCUAAGACUGACACCCCAUGACGACAUCAUCUACACGCAUUUUAGACAAGAUUUCCCAGAUCUAGAUGUUUCGUAUAUCAAAGAAAACGAAAUAAAGAACAAUACAAAUAAAGCUAAAUGGAGAAUAUUCUGCGAAAAAUUUAAAAACAUUGUUGAAGAUUAUAGUUUUGGUACUUUAUUAAGAGCAGACACAAAAGGAGACUAUUCUGAAGCAAACACCAUUCUUGUUCCAAGAGUACAAUUCUAUGCCAUAGAGAUAGCCAGAAACAGAGAAAAACUAAACAAUGAAGUUAAGAAACACUAUAAAUGUGCCUCAAAAGCUAAUAUGGUCCGAGAUCACCAAAGCUGAAAUUGCUACAUAGAUUGUAACUUUCAACUUUACGCCAUUUAUGAUUUGGCAACUAAACAGAUGUUAUUCCUGUUGAUUAAAGACAAACUAAUGCCCUCCAUUCUCAACACCUCAUAACAAGAGCCUAAAUUACAUAAGCCUAAGCUUAAAACAUAGUUUAAAAACAAAAAUAUACUAGUAAUUCGUUAGAAUUGGCAACACUUGCUAUCUAUGUGAUCUAAAUGACCUAGCAUUAUUUUUAGAUUUAGAAUAUUUUCUAAUAUAAACAAAAUUCCCUUUGAAAAUGGAACUACUUGUUUGUAACUUUUCAUAUAGCCUGUACAUAUAUUAUGUUUAAUAGCUCUGAUGGUCAUGAGUGCAAGAAUCUACAUCUACAAUGUAAUCUCAAUACCUACCAGCAUAUUACUUUAUGUGGAUAAAACAUAUUUUCAUAUGUUUGUAUCAGAAACGUAAAGAAUGAAUGAGGUGCUCAAUUAACAUGCUCAUGUCAUUUUUAUAAUAAAUAUUUUGUAUCAUCCUAAACAGUUUUUAAUUUCAAAAUAACCCUGUAUUUAAUUGCAUUAAUUUUCUCUUUAUAGGACCCCCACUAGUACGAAUUGUUGUAAGGAAGAAAACCCAUAU